AGAAAAGCCCCCUCGCUCCACACUGAAGCCCAGAUCUAUAAAUAGCCCACCAGUUGGAGCUCAGUUGAAGAGUCUGGACAGCUGAGUAAGAGGUCUGCCCCCUGGUUCAGCUGGUGUGAGCCACUCGCACAUUGUGUGAAACAAGAAAAGAAGAGACGCUUUCUGUCGGUUUUCGGCCCCUUGAAGGCACCACACUCCGCCAGGAAACAUGGCUUUAUCUAUGAACCCCACGGACGAGCCCAGGGUGUACCAGCAGACACUGCUCCAGGACGGCCUCUACGACCUGCUGGAGAACGACAAGCUGGUGGACUGCGUGCUGAAGAUCAAAGACAAGGAGUUUCCGUGCCACCGGCUGGUCCUGUGUGCCUGCAGCUCCUUCUUUCGCUCCAUUUUUCUGUCAGACCUGGACGAGAGCAAGAAGAGGGAGAUCGUGCUGGAGGACGUGGAGCCCGGGGUCAUGGGUCUGAUCCUCAAGUAUCUGUACACGUCCAAGAUCAACGUGACAGAACAAAAUGUCCAGGACAUCUUUGCCGUGGCUAAUUUGUAUCAGAUCCCUUCCAUUUUCACCGUGUGUGUCUCCUUCUUACAAAAGCGUCUGAGCCUCAGCAACUGUCUGGCGGUCUUCAGGCUCGGCCUGAUGCUGGACUGUCCCAGGUUGGCCGUCUCCGCCCGAAACUACGCCUGCGAGAGAUUCCACCUCAUCUCCAGAGAUGAGGACUUCCUUCAGCUGCUCCCCAGUGAACUGGCAGCUAUUUUAGCCAAUGACAACCUGAACGUAGAGACAGAGGAGGCCGUGUUCGAGGCCUUGAUGAACUGGGUUUCUAGAGAUGCAGCCAACAGAGAGAAAGAACUUCCAGGUCUGCUGGACUGUGUUCGUUUACGUUUGGUCAAUGAGAUUUACUUGAAAGAGAAGGUGGAGAAAAACGCGCUGAUUUCCUCAAAUCCCGAGAUGCAACAAAAACUCCAGAUGGUUAGAGACGCUCGUGAGGGGAAAAUGCCCGAGGUAAAAAAAAGUAAGAAGGAGGAAGGUGGAGCGGGGGAGGAAGGUGAGGCAGAAGACAAGGAGGAAGAGGAAGAUCUGCUUCCAGGCAUCUUGAACGAUAACCUUAGAUUUGGCAUGUUUGCCAGGGACUUGAUAUUGAUGAUAAAUGAAACAGGAGCUGUGGCCUAUGACCCGGCAGAGAACGACUGCUUUGUAGCAUCACUUUCCACUCAAGUUCCUAAAAACCACACCAGUCUGGUGACCAGGGAGAACCAGGUGUUUGUGGCAGGAGGUUUGUUCUACGAUGAACAGAACAAGGAGGAUCCUCUGUGCUCCUACUUCCUGCAGUAUGACCCGGCCAGUGCUGAUUGGCUAGGAAUGCCUCCUGUCCCGUCCCCGCGCUUCUUGUUCGGCCUGGCCGAGGCAGAGAACUGCAUCUUUGUGGUGGCAGGGAAGGAGCUGAAGGAGCAGGAGGAGACACUGGCCUCAGUGUUGGUCUACGACCGACAAUCUUUUAAAUGGGGCGAAUCAGAACCAGUGCCUUACCAAGUCUACGGCCACGCAACGAUAUCCCACAAUGAUCUGGUCUAUGUGAUUGGAGGGAAGGAUGAAAACAAGAGCUGCUUAAAGAAGAUGUGUGUUUACAACGCCAAGAGGUUUGAAUGGAAGGAGCUGGCGCCCAUGAAGACUGCACGCUCCUUAUUUGGAGUCACGGUUCAUAACAACCAAAUCUAUGUGGCAGCGGGAGUCACUGACAGUGGACUGACAGACACUGUGGAGGUGUACGACAUCGCCACCAACAAGUGGUCGGACUUCACAGAGUUUCCUCAGGAGCGGAGCUCUCUGAACAUCCUGUCUCUGGCUGGUUCACUCUACGCUGUAGGAGGCUUCGCCAUGAUGCCUUUGGAGGACAGUGAAGAAAUUGUUCCCAAAGAGAUGAACGACAUCUGGAGAUAUAAUGAGUCAGAGAAGAAUUGGACUGGGAUCCUGAGAGAGAUCCAGUACGCUUCUGGGGCCACGAUUAUGGGCGUCCGCCUCAACACUGUGCGUCUCACCAAGAUGUGAUACCAGUUCAGUCAAGUCCAGCUGGGUACAAGGUCCCAGUGACCACAAAACAUCAAGAACUGCUCGUGUGUCAAGUCUUCUCCUCUGUUACUGUGUUGUAAUUACAGCUACUAAGUAUCUGCUCUGUUUUAAAAGAGAUUCUUUUUCAAA